AUGAAAACAUUGCCGGCAACAGUGACAACAAAAACAGCAAGCGCGGCUAGAUUUAGCGGGAUCUCAUUGUCCUCCAUGGAUCCCAAGGACGGCAUGAAAUUGGCUAUUGCGGUGGACAUGAGGACGAGGCUACUGACCCGUGAAAGCUUGUCGUUGAUUCCGGGCAUACGAGUCGUGAGGUCGACGGGAAGCUUCAUGGCGAUAGCGAGGACUGUGAGGGAAAAGGCGUUGAGAGAGAAAUACUUACAUGGGACCCAGAGUUUCUUGUUUCGGAUGGCGCUCACGGCAUCAACUGCCAUGGCAAGUGAGCAGGCUGCGGAAGCUGCUGCGGUGAACAUGCCGAUCCAUGGAAUAGGGGACUCGAUUUUGUCUUGCAAGCCGUUGUUACUGUAUGAAAAGGGGUGA